GAGCGUCCGGCAGACUGACGCUGCGUCGGGCACAGGAGCACUGCAGCGGAGCCGGUGCUGCGGGACUACGGCGGGCGUUUCGUGUGGAUUUGUCCCGGAGGGGACCACGUUGUCACUGGAAUCUGUUUUUUGUCCACGUGGUCGUAUCGCCUCGGCGCGGAGGAGGGAACGAAGCGUGGAUUUGGGCUGGAAGACGCUGAGAAACGCCAACAAAGAGCGCCGAAGGAAGUCGCGAGCCUCACGUAACUUGGUCAAGUGAGGCACAAAGUGGGCUACGCUCCCCACCAUGAGCCCCCACGCGCCGCUCCACGCGGGGCGCACUCUGCUGCUCGCCGUUCUCGUCCUGGACGUGGGGAUUCCGCGAGUCGGCGGGCAGUACGGCGGCGGCGACCGGGGAAUGUCGAUACCGGAGCACGGCUUCUGCCAGCCCAUUUCCAUCCCGCUGUGCACGGACAUUGCGUACAACGAGACCAUAAUGCCCAACCUGCUCGGCCACACCAACCAGGAGGACGCGGGGCUGGAGGUCCACCAGUUCUACCCGCUGGUCAAAGUCCAGUGCUCGCCGGAUUUAAAGUUCUUCCUCUGUUCCAUGUACGCGCCCGUGUGCACGGUGAUGGAGCAGGCGCUGCCCCCGUGCCGCUCUCUGUGCGAGCGCGCGCGGCAGGGCUGCGAGGCGCUCAUGAACAAGUUCGGCUUCCAGUGGCCCGACAGCCUCGCGUGCGAGACCUUCCCGGUUCACGGCGCCGGGGAGCUGUGCGUGGGCCAAAACAUGUCGGACCGCGCGGAACCGGCCGGCCCCGGCCAAGACCCUACGGUGCGCCCUGACCACACGGCCGGUCAGUUUAGGUGUCCGCCGUCGCUCAGCGUGCCGCCCUACCUCAACUACCGCUUCCUCGGCCUGGACGACUGCGGCGCUCCGUGCGAGCCCAAAAGGUCCCACGGGAUGAUGUACUUCAGCGAGGAGGAGCUGAAGUUCUCGCGGAUAUGGAUCGGCAUCUGGUCGGUGUUGUGCUGUGCCUCCACGUUGUUCACUGUGCUGACCUAUCUGGUGGACAUGAAGCGCUUCAGCUACCCGGAGCGGCCCAUCGUCUUCCUGUCGGGCUGCUACACCAUGGUGUCCAUUGCCUACAUGGCUGGGUUCCUGCUGGAGGACAAGGUGGUGUGCAACGACCGGUUUGACAACGACAUGAGGACAGUGGUGCAGGGCACAAAGAAGGAGGGCUGCACCAUCCUAUUCAUGAUGCUCUACUUCUUCAGCAUGGCCAGCUCCAUCUGGUGGGUCAUCCUGGCUCUCACCUGGUUCCUGGCGGCAGGGAUGAAGUGGGGCCACGAGGCCAUCGAAGCGAACUCUCAGUACUUCCACCUGGCGGCCUGGGCCGUGCCCGCCAUCAAGACCAUCACCGUCCUGGCCGUGGGGCAGGUGGACGGAGACGUACUGAGCGGGGUUUGCUUUGUGGGCAUCAACAGCGUGGACGCGCUGCGGGGCUUCGUCCUGGCGCCGCUCUUCGUCUAUCUAUUCAUCGGAACCUCUUUCCUCCUGGCGGGCUUCGUGUCCCUGUUUCGCAUCCGCACCAUCAUGAAGCACGACGGCACCAAGACGGAGAAGCUGGAGAGGCUGAUGGUGCGUAUCGGGAUCUUCAGCGUACUGUACACCGUGCCGGCCACCAUCGUCAUCGCCUGCUACUUCUACGAGCAGGCCUUCCGGGAGCAGUGGGAGAGGACGUGGGUCAGCCAGACGUGCAAGACCUACGCCGUGCAGUGUCCUGCCCAGAGCCAUCCCAACAUGAGUCCCGACUUCACCGUCUUCAUGAUCAAGUACCUCAUGACGCUGAUCGUGGGUAUCACCUCCGGCUUCUGGAUCUGGUCCGGGAAGACCCUCAACUCGUGGCGGAGGUUUUACACGAGAUUGGCCAACAGUAAACAGGGCGAGACCACGGUGUGAUGUGUUCAUGACCCUAACGUGAUGGGGUCUAUCCCUGACCCCGACACACAGGCCGGGAGACAAACUGAAUAAGAAACCACUACACAUUCUUUUCUCUGACAUACAGAAGAUACUUGGUAUGUUUUUUUUAAUGUACAUAUACAUUUGUGAAAUUUUUGUAAGUAUAUAUUUGUAUUUAAAUAUUUUUAAUACAUCUUACUCUUUUUUUUUUUGUAAAAACAACUUUUUUCAUACUUAAUGGACUUAAUGGAAUUGUACUCACAAGGAGCCAGCUGACCAUGGAGGUCCUGUGACAUGACUGUGGACACCGCUGGGACUAGUCCACACAGUGGCUCCAUUCGGAGUCCCGUGAAACCCAAGUGCUUUGGUGCACCCCCCCCCCCUCCUGACUGAUUCGCUGUUGUUUAUGUCGCCAAACGGCAGCAGGGGGGGGCACGGUGCGGGACCACAAUCGAUGUGCAGGUUGUGAAUGGGAGUUGUUGUGACAGAUGCUUGUUCCCUUUAGCUCGGCCCGACAGUUCUACCGUUCCUUUCCCAAAAAAGCGAGCGUGGUUAAGGGGGCAUGCCGGGUACCUACUGGCAUUAUAUGUUGUAUUUGGAUCUGUGUGUGGUUUUUACAAUCGGACCUCCUCAGGCAAGUCUUCUUUUUGUUGAGCUGCAUAUAGAGAUUGGGUAGUUCAGCAUAGUUACCAACGUAAUUGCUUAAAGGGACAAUUCUCCCUGAAAUAGAAAAUGUACAUUUAAUUAGCUGUAAAGAUGUUGCCAAUAUACAACAAUCAGUAUCUGAUACAAUCUGCAACUCCCACCAAAACAAUGUUGAAAGCUAAAAGCUCUGCAGGUAGGAGGCUUCAGCUUGUGAGAGCAAGAGCUGCCGGUGGAACACGAGGUCUGGUUUCAAGAAACAUAGAAGCUGAAGAACAGCGAAUGCUCCACGGUGUGUUUCAUUGUUUAUCAAAGGCUGAUGGCACAAGGGACAUUAUACAUUUAAUAAGCACUGCAACAUUUAUUGAAACCCUUCUCUGAAGAAGAACACAUUAGGGUUGACCAAACCUCCACACGGUUCUAGCUACAGCUGAUAGCAGAGGUCACAGGUCAAGCACAUAUCAGGAAUGUUUGUAACAAAGCUUAUUUUUGAUUCACUUGUACAGAAACAUUGAAAACGAACCGUUUAACUAUUUUCAACGUGGAGCUUGAAUGUGUCACUGAUAGUUGUUGGGAGCGAAGGGGGGUCUCUGAGCAGCUUCCAUUAUCUUCCCCUGGAAGAGGAGGGGCUCUGAGAGGGGCCCUGAGAGGGGCCGGGGAGCGGCGUCUGUCAGUGCACAUCAGGACCUGUGUUCUUGUCAUAAUAAUACUUUGAUUGUGCUGACAGCUCUACAAUUGUUAGAGCUUUGAAGUCAUUUCAUUCUUGCAUUUGCUAUGAAGAGAACUUUUAUAUUUAUAGAAAAAGAUCUUAUAUAUACACUACAUUGUUUGCUUCAUGAGAAUAAAAACAAUCUCACCAAUGCGACUGUAAA